UUUAUGGUUGGGCCCCCAUUUUAUUAAUAGCAACAGGGUUUUUAGGAUUACUAAUUUCAGUUUCCUUAGAUGCCAUACAUGUUUCAAAUGUUGGAUCAAUUGGGCAAGGAAGAGGACAAAAUAAAUAUAUACGAUCAAUAAUAGUUGUACUAUCAGUAAUACUUAUUGGCAUAACAGUAAUUGCAGCAGUAAAUGGAUGAGAAAAAUAUGCUUAGUUAUUUUAUGUAGCCUCCAUAGGUUCAGAUGAAUUUGAAUUACUAUCCACAAUAGGUGAUAUCUAAUGUAUCAGAUGAAAUGAACAUCAAAGAUAAUCAAUUUGAUGAAUAAUGA